AUGACAACGUGGCGCUGUUCCCGCUUCAUCCUGGUCAACGGCUCUUGGUGUCGCAAAGCAAAGGGGGCUGAUGGCCAACAGCGAACUGUUGAGACGGGCGAGUCGCGCCGGACCAACACCGGUGACCGGAACCCAGCUUUGGGCCACCCGCCGCCGCCUGUUGCUGCAGAAUCUGCCCCCUGGGCUACGCCUGCGGAUUGA